AAAUCCCUUUGCUAGCCUGAAGAAGCUUCUUUACUUCCCAAUUUUCCAUCGUAUUUUGAGUGGUUCCACCAGAUUCUGACUGGAAUCGGCCUUUGAUAUUGGCUGUCAGGGAGCUGUGCUAAAGGAAGGUGACCAGUGAAGGAUGCCAAGUGAUUAGGGAGUUGUGAUAUCACCAUUCCCGACAUGAGUGCCUGAACAGAGUGCCAUCGGGCAGACAGCCCCACCAAACCCAUCAUACAGACCAUCAGAGGACCGCGCUAGAACCACGGCGGUAACGACAGAUUUAACGGCUGUUUGGCUGGCAUCAGCUUUACCAUUGGGAAGGACGUGAGUCAAGCCACGUCUGUCUGGGGUAUCUGCAAGAUGUGGCUACCGUUGCAGACCUUCACCGUCUCACCUGCACUGCCGUAUUAUUGACAGACAACCAUGUGGAAAAAAAAAACAUACUGGGUUCCCUUUCAGUAGUUACGUGAGCAGUCAAGUGCCAGGGACAGUUAAAACAUGUGCCACAUUGCUAGAUGAGGAAGCAAAAUGGUUUUAGGAUGUCCGGAUGUGAGUGGAAAUGUGUGUUUAUCUAGGAGUUGACAUCUUAGUGACUUCCCCCACUCCCUAUCACAUAGGAUUGUGUCUGUACCAGGAACACAUGUUAAUCCUUGCAGACCAGGUCGGAUGUUGGCCUAUCUCUGCUAACAGUCUUGAUUCAUGCCUGUAGCCUCUGGUAGAAGGUAGACGUUCACUAUUCCGUACUAAGGGACACAGCGGUACACAGACGGACAGAUUUGCCUCCUUGUUUUGCUCGCUGUGAAGGGGAAGGAAUUCCCUGUGUGUGUGGGUCAGGUAUGAGGGUUCACCCCAUGAGGCUGUUGCGCUCUGGUCUUGUAUUUAUUGUCCUGUUGUUUGCCCUGUUAAACAUGCAUGUGCUUCUGAACCUACAGGCUGGGCCACCCAGUGGAAACCAUUUCCGUAGGAACGGAAUGCAGCACAAUCACCAGCUAUCGGAAGAUGGACAUGUUCAGUUUCAAAUUCCACAGGAUGGGCCCGGAGAUCAGGGUGGGAACUGGCUGGGAAAUGAUCAGCACCAGGGUGAGCCCGGCUUGGUCAUCCCCCCAGUAAAGAACAUGAGUCAUUUAGAGAAUCGCACUUUCCCAGUCGUAGAUAUCACCAACCUUACAAUGAUCAGAGCCGCUAUUAAGAAAAUAAACGAUGAACAACACAUAUUCAAUUUGAGGAAGUUUGGCCUCAAGCUGAACUCUGAAAGCACUGUGAUAGUCAUCCAAGCUCACAGCCGUGCAGAGUAUCUGAAGAUUUUACUGGACUCUCUGCGAAAUGUGCGCGGGAUUGAGCGAGCCCUUGUGAUAGUCAGUCAUGAUGUGUAUUCAGAAACCCUCAAUGCCAUUGUCCAGAGUGUGGAUUUCUGCCCAAUCAUGCAGAUUUUUUUCCCAUAUUCCAUCCAAGCUUAUCCAAACCAGUUUCCUGGAGAUGACCCUAAUGACUGUCCAAGAGAUAUCAAAAGAGAUGAGGCUGUGAAACGAAACUGUAAUAAUGCUCUACACCCGGAUAAAUAUGGUCAUUACCGUGAAGCCAAGUACUCCCAGACGAAGCACCACUGGUGGUGGAAGUUGAGUCGAGUGUUUGAUGGGCUGACCAUCAUGAAGAAUUACCAUGGUCUGGUGUUGUUACUUGAGGAGGACUAUUACCUGGCUGAGGACUCUAUUACUGUGUUACAGAUGUUAAACCACCUGAGGAACAAAGACUGUAAAGAAUGCCAGAUCAUAACAUUAGGAAAUUACGAUAAGACGCAGAAUUACCCAGUCAACUCAGGAAAGGCGGAAACAGCCCAUUGGAUAUCCUCCAAACAUAACCUGGGUAUGGGCAUUGACCACCGCCUAUGGAAUCUGAUGAGGGCUUGCGCCAAGGAAUAUUGCCUGUUUGAUGACUACAACUGGGAUUGGACUGUUCAACAUUUAAGCACGAAGUGCCUACCCCAGAAACUGAAAGUAAUGAAAAUGAAAGCAACCCGGGUGUUUCACAUGGGUGAAUGUGGUCUUCACCAGAAGAAAAAAGACUGCCAACCCCAAGAGAAAAAGAAGCAGGUGGAGAAUUUACUUGGAGAGAAGAAACAACACCUGUUCCCAAAUGUUCUGGUGAAAACGGGAUUUUCUCCCUUAAAGCUGCGCGACCCCAAACCUAAUGGUGGAUGGGGGGAUUUAAGGGACAGAGAACUAUGCUUAAGCUUCACUCAGGAGAACGUGUCAGUCCCAGUCAGAUGAUAGAGGUGGGGCUAGGCCUUAGGCCACAUGGUCAUCAGGGGUCAAGUCAUCAAGCAUGGGGUUAGGGGUCCAAGUCAUGAGGGACGGGAUGUUCAUCAUAGAGUAGGGCUGUCAUCACAAGGGGUAGGGGAAAGGUGUCAAUGUAUUAGAGAGGCCCUAGUCAAGUUCUCUGACACAGGAAGAGUGUUUAUUUUUACAUUGUAAA